CUCAUUCUGUGAAGCCCGCGGCCUCCCGUUCUCCUGCUCGCAGCAGGAUGAGUCCACCAGCGGAAGAGUACAGCCUGUUCAGGGGUGUUAGGCACACUGUCGAUGUUUCUCGGCAGCGGGUGUGCCAACUGGGAUCCUCCUCGGUCUGCCCGACAUUUGCCGCGACCACGCUCUGGAUCAACAACCCACCUUUGAACGACGCAAAGGUGGAAAUCCGCAUCCAGUUCAAGGAUGUCACCCAGGGCAUCUUCAAGGAUAUAUCCCGGAACGAACUCGUCAUCCACAUCCAGCCCGCGGAGGCGGUGUACCUUAAACUCAACGCGAAGACCACUGGUCUCUACACCCGCGCAUUCCCGACCAAGGUGGACCUCACGUAUAAGCGGCGGUUCCUGGACGCGUGCAAAUCGCUUAUUCUCGACGCGCUCAAGGGUGACCACUCGAACUUUGUCCGCGACGACGAACUUGACGUCGCCUGGAAGAUCUUCACACCAAUCCUCCACUGGAUAGAGGGCAGAAGUGGACAGUAG